CAUAUCCAUGGGAGCACCAUUCAAAGUCGAGAACUUUCACUUCGAGUAGUACUGUGGCUCCAACCCUGGAAUCUCAUUGCUGCCCGCGCGCGAAAAACCCCAAUGAACUAUUACAGAAGGAUUAAAAUGUAUCUGACAUAAUUUUCAUAAUCGAUUGUUUUUGUAAGUACAGGGAAGUUUUACAUUUUCGGUUUUAUGAGCAUAUGUUAAACCUGCGAAUUGAUAUACGUAUAUUUAAGUUAUUGUUAUCCAUUCUGCGCAAUGCUUACCUGGACAUUAUGAAGAGCAUUUUGCAUGUUUGGGAAAGAAUAGGACUACAUUGCUGCAAAAUAAUUCUGUUCGCCUCAAUUGAAGCACUUGAUAUCGCGCGUGGCUAUCGAACAACGGAAUCUUGAUAAGUCACCAAGGUACACGCAGCAGCAAUUUAUUUUUUUGACAAAAAUAUGAACCGGUUGUGGAUUGCAGUUUUAGUGGUUUUAACCAUUGCAGUUGUACGAAUGUGUGACUGUCGGAAGGACUCAACAGGUGGUGGACAGGAGAUGUGGGAUCAGCUCCGGGCGCGAGCUAGGGGGCAAGGUCACUCCGCAGGGGGAGCGAACGACGCUGACCCCGCCAGACCAUCCAGAGAACGCUCGCACAGGUCCUCUCACAAUGUAUCGCACUCCGGUCGUGGGGCUCCUGUGAGCUCAUUAUAUCAACGGGAUAACAGGCACGCGACGGUAAUUAAACCAGUUCCAGCUUCCAUUACAGAAGCUUCUCACCGGGCGGACGAUUCCACCGUUGCACAAGAUGCUGCGCGUAGAGCCGCAAGACAGCUCCGCACCCACCACUCAUCACAGUACAGACCCCGAAUAAUUUACAGACAGAGCAACAAAUCCAGCUCCACGCACACCAGGCGCCUUGCAGGGCCUAAUGUAUGUGGAGGUCACCAGUGCUGCUCUGGAUGGGCUGUGGCUUCUGGGACCAACCGCUGUAUAAAGCCCGACUGCCAGCCCCCCUGCCAAAACCGUGGCUCCUGCAGCAGGCCCCACACCUGUGUGUGCCGCUCUGGGUUCCAGGGGGCCCGCUGCGAGGAGGCUGCCCCAGAGCAGGUGUACAUCCACACCGGAGGGUCCCUGAGGCGCAUCCAGCCAGGCACCAACCCCUUCCAGAGGGAGCAGCCCAGGAGGAAACCCACGGAGAGGCAGGCCGUAGACAACCCCAGCCCUGAGACCACCAGACAGUCUCUCCAGCCUGUGACCCAGGUGAGGCGAGGACCAGCCGACUCUUCGUCUCCCCAGCAGACUGGGACGUCUCGCACAGUCAAACGAUACCCAUCAUCCACUGGCCCCAUCACCUCUAACGCCCUGCCCAAUGGCAACGGACAUGACAAUGGGAAGGGGAAUGGUCGUAACGGCCACAGACCCACCACCAAUGUCCACACCGACAGACAAGUCAACGAUGCAGUGGCGCCAGCAGGGGCCAACCUUACCUCCAACCUGGACCGCAUCAAAAUCGUCUUCACCCCCAUGGUGUGUCGGAGGGUGUGCAGUGGCGGCCGCUGCUACAACAACUGUGAGAAGGGUGACACCACCACCGUCUACAGUGAGAACCAGCACCAGCCACCCAAGACCCAGGGCUUCAGACUCUUCUUCUGUCAGAUCCCCUGUCUGAAUGGUGGACGCUGCAUUGGCAGGGACCAGUGCUGGUGCCCAUCAAACUCGACAGGGAAGUUCUGCCACCUCCCGGCCCCCCCUUCUUCCAGACCAACCCUCAGCCGGAAGGACGGCAGCCUGGCCGGACUUAACUCCUCAUCCCACUCCGUGUACACCCUGCCGCUGUCCAAUCAACAAGUCUCUCUACAUCCAUCCCUGGUGAAUGUCCACAUCCAGCACCCCCAUGAGUCUGAGGUCCAGAUCCACCAGGUAGCCCGGGUCAAGCUUGGCCAGAGACCCCCCGCAGCCGAGGGGGGUCACUCUAUACAGCAGCGCUCCCAACCUGGCCUUGGCAACGGCAAUGGGCAUGAGCAUGGGCACUCCAAUGGAAACGGACACGGGAAUGGGAAUGGCCAUGGAAACGGACACACCGUAGCCAACGGGAACGGCAGCAGCAACUCCAGACCCCACACUCGGCAGAACGGAUAUGUGGGAAGGUGCUUCCAAGAGACCGUCGAUGGACAGUGUGGGAAGCCUCUUCCUGGCCUGACCAAACAGGAUGACUGUUGUGGAAGUGUGGGAGCCUCAUGGGGCCUGAACAAGUGCACAGAGUGUCCAACCAAACCAGCGUAUGCAGUGAUUGCGAACGGUCAAGUGGAAUGCCCCAAGGGUUACAAGAGGGUGAACCUGACUCAUUGUCAAGACAUCAACGAGUGCCUGAUGAAUGGGAUCUGUAAGAACGCUGAGUGUCUGAAUACCAGAGGAAGCUACAGAUGCACCUGUAAACCAGGCUACAUGCUGGACCCUGCCAGGAGCCACUGUGUCUCGGACAAGGCUGUGUCGGACCAGAGGGGGAUGUGUUACCGCUCAGCAUCAGCAGGGACCUGCUCUCUGCCUCUCACCCAGCACAUCACCAAACAGAUCUGCUGUUGCAGCCGUGUGGGCAAGGCCUGGGGCACGGCCUGGGGCACGGUCUGGGGCACAGCCUGCGAGAGGUGCCCUCUGCCAGACACAGACCAUUUCAAGGAGAUCUGUCCCGCUGGCCACGGCUACACAUACUCGCGCUCCGAUGUGCAGAUCUCCCUGAGACAGCUGGAGGAAGAGGAGCUGAGUAGGACAGGUGUUUCCUGGGAGGCCCAGAACCCUAGCCACCCUCAACUGCCCCAGCAGCCAGCUCAGCCCCCGCAGCAGCUGCCCCACAUCCAACAGACCCCACAGAUCCCACAAUACCCCCACCAUCCACAGCACCCACAAGAGCUCCCACAGCACUCCCACCAUCCAGAGCACCCCCAGACACCUCAGAACCCUCAGUACCCUCACACUGUACAACAACCCCAGUACCCUCUCCAUCCAGACACACAGCAUCCUGCUGAGGAGACCUACCGCCAGCCACAAGAUGUGGAAAUAUUGAACCCGUCUCCUGUUGUGACAGACUCACCAUUGAAGUACUCAGAUGUGGUCGAGAAAGUCAUUCCUGACUCUCCCGUCAACCUGGGGCCUGAGUCUGAGGGCCAGCGUACAGCCUCCAUCAUCGUGGCCACUCAGGUCACAGAUAUUGACAAGUGCGCCAUCACUCCAACCAUAUGUGGCCAUGGGCUGUGCGUGCCAGUGCAGACAGGCUACACCUGCUACUGUGACCCCGGCUACAAGCUGAGCACGCUCCAGACCAACUGCAUCGAUGUGAAUGAGUGUGAGGAAGACCCUUGUGGAGGGAAGGGCCGUUGUGUGAACACCUUUGGCUCCUACACUUGCCACUGCUACAGCGGCUACAGCAAGGUCAUCACCCAGAACAGGAAGUUCUGCCAUGAUAUAAAUGAGUGUGACAUGGCCAACAAGUGCCAGGAUGGGGACUGUUUCAACACAGAGGGAUCUUACUCCUGUGAAUGCAAGAGUGGCUACGCCAAGUCCUGGAGGGGACAGUGUGAAGAUGUGGAUGAGUGCCGGGACCCCGACUCAUGCCCCAGUGGAAGGUGUGUCAAUGCCCCAGGCUCCUUCCAGUGCCAGGCUUGUGGCCCCGGGUUCAAGGCUGCCAGAGGGAGAUGUCUGGACGUAAACGAGUGUUUGGACCAAUCGGUGUGCUUCCAUGGUAGGUGUGUCAACUCAGAGGGCUCUUACAGCUGUAACUGUUACCAAGGAUACCAGGCCUCUUUGGACAACAACAGUUGUCAAGAUAUGGAUGAGUGUCUGCUCCCUGGUGCCUGCCUCCAUGGCAGGUGUGUCAAUCUGGAUGGUUCCCACAGGUGCAGCUGUAACCCUGGUUACCAAACCACUCCUGACAGCAGGGCCUGUGAAGAUGUCGAUGAGUGUGCUACUCCUAAUGUGUGCCCCGGGGGAAUUUGCACUAAUACCGAAGGUUCCUACUCAUGCAAGAACUGCAGCCCGGGAUUCCAGCGAUCAGCUGAUAGACAGAGAUGUGAAGAUGUGGAUGAGUGCUCCCAAGCAGACAUGUGUCUCGGAGGGGUAUGUGCCAACACAGAGGGCUCCUUCACCUGCACCAGCUGUAAGGAUGGAUACCGGGUCUCCCAGGACAGGCAGAGGUGUGAGGAUAUUGAUGAGUGCCAGUCUGGGUCUGUGUGUGCUAACGGAAUCUGUCUGAACUCUGAGGGCUCCUACUCCUGCAUCACCUGUCCCUCAGGCUACAGCGUCUCCCUUGAUGGAGAGCUUUGUGAAGAUAUUGAUGAGUGUGCGCUGCCCACUACGUGCCCCAAGGGAACAUGCACCAACACAGAGAGUUCUUUCAUCUGCACCACCUGCAGGCCAGGCUACAGAGUGACUGAGGAUGGGCUGGAGUGUGAAGAUGUGGAUGAGUGCUUGGUGGCUAACGUGUGCCCAGGCCAGCUGUGUAGGAACAGUCCCGGAUCCUUCUCCUGCAGGAGCUGUGGGACUGGCUUUACCCUGUCUGAGGACGGCUCCCACUGCAUGGACAUAAACGAGUGCCUGUCCAUGGGGGUCUGUCCCAUGGGCGUUUGCAACAACACAGAGGGCUCUUACUCCUGUAUGACCUGUGACCUUGGCUACACGCUGUCACCCAAUAAGCUCUCCUGUGAAGACACCAAUGAGUGUGAGGACAGCGGUCUGUGUCUGGGAGGACAGUGCACCAACAGCCCCGGCUCCUACAGCUGCUCCUGUCCCCCGGGUCUGGAGCUGGUGGAUGGGACGUUCUGUAGAGGUGUUAAUGAGUGCAGUAAGGACGGCGUGUGCUCCCAUGGCCAGUGUCUCAACACAGAUGGCUCCUACCUCUGCCUGUGUGAGGCUGGCUUCAAGUACUCUGCAGACACAGCUGACUGUGAGGAUCAGAAUGAGUGUAAGGAGUAUGGUAGCUCGGUGUGUGGCAUCUGGCUCUGUGAGAACACCAUUGGCUCGUAUCGCUGCUUCAUGGGCUGCCAGCCUGGCCUGUAUGGACAGGACAACCCAGACUGUGAUAUCGAUGAGUGUGUGAAUGAGAACAUCUGUGGGGACCAUGGCUUCUGUGAGAACACAGACGGCUCCUACCGUUGUCAGUGUGACCGCGGUUACACCAACCCCGCUGGUGAUGCCGGGGCCCAUGGCUGUGUAGACGUGAACGAGUGUGAGAUGAGCACGGCGCUGUGUGGAGAGGCCCUGUGUGAGAACGUGGACGGCAGCUUCCUGUGCAUCUGCCCCAGCGACAAUGAGGAAUUUGAUCCCAUCACCAGCCAGUGCCGCCCGCAGGCUGCUACAGAUGAAGAUGCUCCUCCUCAUCCUCCUAAGCCAGCCUCACCCACGGAGGAGCAGAGGAAGGAGUGUUACUACAACCUGAACGAUGCUAACUUCUGUGACAACGUGCUGUCUCGCAACACCACCAAGCAGGAGUGCUGCUGCACGGUGGGGUCCGGUUGGGGGGACGACUGUGAGAUCCACCCCUGCCCUGUCCCAGGGAGAGAGGAGUAUAACCAGUUGUGUCCACAUGGUAGUGGUCUUCUGCCCCAAGCUGUUUCCUCCCACAGCCUGGAACAGCAGAGUUUCAAAGAUGUGGAUGAGUGUAAGAUGUUUGGGCCAGAUAUCUGUAAGAAUGGCCGUUGUUCUAACAUCUUCUCCUCGUACUCCUGCUUCUGCCGUACAGGCUUCUACUACGACAACAUCCGGCUGGAGUGUUUGGAUUAUGACGAGUGCCUGACAGACAAGGCGUGUGUCUGUGGGGUGUGUGUGAAUACCCCUGGCUCUUUCAACUGCUUCUGCAGUCCUCUGGUCCUGGACACCACCUGCCACCACUGCAUCAGCGUCAACACCACCGAGGAGAUUGAUGAGCCUGAUGAGGACAUCCAUCUGGACAUCUGCUGGCGGGACAUGAUAGAAUUGUAUGUGUGUAUCCAGCCCCUCGUCGGAUGGAGGACCACCUACACAGAGUGCUGCUGUCUCUAUGGAGUGGCCUGGAGUGAACAAUGUGCCUUCUGCCCCAGUAGGGACUCUGAUGACUACGCAUUACUUUGUAACCUGCCUAGGAGAAGGGGCUCUGACAGUCUACGAGAGAGGCCAGGCAAUGAAUACGGCCCUGGUGUCGAGGGUCCUGAAGGGCCCUAUGCCCCCCCCUACUGGGACAACUAUGGAGGAGUGCCCAUCUCUGGGCCUGGGGGUACCUACUACAACCCAGAGGACACCCAGGGCAAUACCAACGACUAUGGCUCACGAGUGAGAGACAGAGAACCGUCGCUACGCGUCCCCAUCCACCGGCCAAGAGACUUCCAGCCUCACCCUGUAGACUCUAACAAUGACCACUAUGAUGGCUUUGAAGGCCUGCGAGCAGAAGAGUGUGGUAUCCUGAACGGCUGUGAGAAUGGCCGAUGUGUCCGCGUGAGGGAAGGUUACACCUGUGACUGCUUUGAUGGAUACGAGCUUGACCUCACCAAAAUGGCCUGCAUCGACAUAAACGAGUGUGAGGACAUCAGUGAUAAAGUGGCGCUGUGUAAGAACGGGGCCUGUACCAACACUGAGGGGUCGUACAAGUGCACCUGCCUGCCCGGCUUCCAGGCCUCCGCCAAGCCCCAUGAAUGUAUCCCAGAGGUCCCAUUGUCUGGCCUCAGAGAGAAUGGCUGGAAACUGAGAGUGUAGCUGUUGGGAGGUUCUACUCUCCUCCCUCCAUCCCCCCUCAUCCCCGCCCUCUCACAGGGCCUGGCACUAAACCUCCAAGAACUCUGAAACGUCCACACUUAUCCCCUAAACACACACACCGACUCACAUACAAUUCUCUCAUUGGCUUUUUCAUAUUUUCUUUCUACCACACAAACAUAUUUACAUUUCCACAGGGGACCAGAAGCUAUGCAGUGAGUGUGUUCCAUGGGAUAUCCUAUUUCUUAACAUUUGCAUUUUGCCUUAAAGGGAUUUUAUUCAGUGACCCCAGACAGUUUGCUAUGCAUACAUACAUAUUUUAUGCAUUGUUUUUCUCCUCCAUUUAUCUUUUGGGUUAAUUAUUUAUUUCAUGUACAUGACAAGGCUCUGCAAAGUUACAAUGAAAACCAUUUCAGAGGGCACAUAUGAUUUAUAUUGUCUUAUUUGUCAGACCAAUAGACUUUACUAAUGAUGAGAGGAAACAGUGUGAAUCGUUUUUGAAGUUGGAUGACUAAACCUGGAGGAAGCUGAUUGCAUGCCACAUGUUAUAUUGUAACAUAAUAAUCACAUUGCUAUACAGGGAGUCACUUUGAAACCACUUUUUACUUGUAUUUGGGAUGCUUUUGUGGUCAGCGAGGCCUAGAAAAAGAACGAACCACUCCUUCCACUGGUCUUCUGUGUUUCUCUGGGUCUUGAAAAACCACUUGGACUUGCAUAACAGUCCUUCGUCCUCAUCCUCCAAGCUAAAAGGUUCCAAAGGUGGCAAGGUAGUCAGUCUCAAGAGCAAAAACUGGGAUCAAACAAGGUCCGGCUCAUCUUCAUAGGCUGUUACAAUGUUGCUUCAAUCUGUCACCAGCACAAAAGUAUACUGAAGAAAAAAAAGGCAUUGAGUAUGGGCUUGGAAAGGCUGUAAAUGUAUAUGAUGGUCUAUGAUAGAUAUGUAAUAUGUUUGUAUAGGGUCCACUAGCACUUUGCCACUCGUCAGAGUAAGAGACACGUACAAUAUCCCGAGGCAAAUUUUCCUUACAUUCAACCACACAUUCACAAUUGACUUCAGAUCCCAUGUAAGAACAUUCCCAUUGAUGCAUCUCUGAAUGUGAGUAAAGGCUUUGUUGAAAAGGUUUGGGAUAUUUUGUACAGAUCUAGUACUAUGUAUUAAUGUUUUGUUACAUUCUAAUAAUGCAUAUAGUGCAUCCAAUAUUUUUGUUUGACAAAAAAAAUCCAGCAUUACAGCUUAGCAAUAUGUAGAUUUCUAUAUAUUUCUGUUAAAAUGUUUUUAAACAUAUCUUUAUGUAUGAGAAAAGUGUUUUCCACUGUACCAGAUAACGUGUAUGUAUUCUGCCCUGUGGAGCAGACAUUGACAUUUAAGUUUAGGGGAAUGGCAGCACUGUUUUCAACACAAUGUGGUGCCAUUGAUCCUACAAAUACAAAACAAAGACAUGCCUUUUAAAAUGCAACCAUUAUCUGUUGUGCCAUUAAAACUAAAAAAAAAUGUGCCUUUCAAAUAAUCUUACUGGGACCAGCAUGUCAUUCUAGUGACGUUUUUCAAUCAAUUUAGUGAUCACAUUCAGCAUUUCCAAUUAAAAAUAAACAUUGUCCUUCGCAUUCAAGUCACUAGAAACACAUGAUUGCUGAUUGGUCAUGUUCUCAAACUUUCCAUUCAGAGAUCUUUCCAGAACCUAUCUUAUACAUAUUUGGAGGAUGCCUUCUUUCAAUGGCUGAUGCCCUUGGCCUGUAUUCAAAGAGAUGUUUACGGUCUGUACUCUUAUCUAUACUGUAUGAUUCAUGCCUCCACAAGUCUUACAUUGAUGUUAUACAAAUUGUGAACAUGUAUUCGAUAUUACUUAAGAAAAAUCAUGUUCAUUCCUUUUGUUUACCUCUAAACUAUAGUUACUAUCAGUCAUCAAAAUAAAAUUUGAAAAUAUCUA